AUGGCUGCUCGAUGGCUACCUAACAACGACGAGUUUUUCGAUGGACUGGUUAGACUGUUAGAAGUAUCAGAAAGUAAUCUAAACUCAACAUCAUAUGAUAAUUGUGAAUUUUUAUUUCGUCGACUUGAUGCUCACGAGAGAACUUUGUCAACUCUGCUUAGUAGAAUUGAAUAUACUUAUCAAGGAAUCGCUGAAGCAGUGAAUGUUAUUCGUGACUUACAAACCUUAUUGAAUCGAACAUCAAACUUUAGAAGCCAUUUCCAAAGACGAUUUUUCCUUAGUGUUGAAAGAGAAGGGAAUGAAUUGACGCCAUUAACUACUAACCUACAAAGAGAUCAAUAUGGAGGUCGUGGAAGACCAAAACAUCAUGUAUCUCGUGAUCAGCUCCAGGCACUUAAUGUAGAUGCGGGGUUUAGUUGGAGCGAAAUUGCUAGAACUUUGGGAAUUUCGGAAAGGACAUUGCGUAGAAGGCGCCAUGAACUUGGUAUGUCUGUAGAAGGAAGGGUGUUCCCCAAUCUUUCUGACAAUGAAUUAGAUGAUUAUGUUCGUCAAAUACUAACGGUGACACCUGGUGCAGGCCUGAGGAUGGUCCAAGGAGCAUUAAAGCAACGCAGUCUAGAAGUACAGAGGGAUCGUGUUCUCCAGUCACUACGCAGGGUUGACCCUGUGACAACUUCAUUGCGAAAUGGUAGACAGAUUAUUAGAAGAACGUACAAUGUUCCAUGCCCCAAUGCACUAUGGUAAGUAAGCGUUAGAUGUAUGGAUAAGCACUUUUAAUUCCACAUCAACACCUGUCCAUUUGAAGAACCUGUUGGUAGGUCCUCUGUUAUAUAUAUUAAUAGAGUGGGGUGGGGUUGAAAUCAACUAUCUGGUACCUUUUAGGGUGGGUUAAUUGGUACUUAGUUCCUUCAUUAGUGAUUAAGAACAGAGGAAAAAGGUCUGGAUUGAGAAGACUUCCUGUCUCACACUCUUGAAAAUAUGUGAAAUUCUACAUUAUGGACUGAUCAAUAGGCUAUUAAUAUUUGCACAAUGGCGUCAUUUUACUACUAUGACCAGAAUGCUUUUCAUUUUCCUUUCAUAUUUAAAUUUUGUAAUCCUAGUGAUGUUUACAAAACAAAAGCCUUUAUUUGCACAAGAAAGCAAAACCCUGAAGGAUUCUGGUCGUAGUAGUAAAAUGAUGUGAUAGUGCAAAUGGCCUAUUCUUACAUCACAGAGGGAGGCCUAGUUUUUAGAGGGGAUACAUUUUCCAAACAUUAGAUGACUUGAGGGAUAUUAUUAUUGGGGGACAUUUUGCGACCCUGAGAAUUUGGAAAAAAAAUACCCCCCAUUUCUGAUCGGAGUCCAACCUGGUAGGUCCAUCCCCUUGAGCAAAAUAUUAUCUAGUAUGGCCCAUCUACUGAUAUGUAUUUUCAUAUGUUUAUUUUUUAUUUCAAGCCUUUAAAUUACUGAUAUUGUAUAGAAAUCGGUUGAGACUAUGAGCUAUAGAGCAUGACAAAUUUGCUCUUCAUUAAUAUUGAAAACAGUUUCUGGGAGCAUCCUUAAGAGGGAGAUAAAUUAUUAUUCCCUCUUGCGUUCAUUAUUUCAUUGCAGGCACAUAGACGGAAAUCACAAAUUGAUAGAACCGUACCGAAUAGUAAUACAUGGUGGCAUAGAUGGCUUCUCCAGAUUGGCCGUUUAUCUAAAUGCGUCAACAAACAACAGAGCCACAACUGUAUUUCCCUAA